AUGGAGCAUCAAGAUAUAUUGUCAUCAUCAUCUCAUCAUAUAGAUGCAGCAACUGUUUUUCCUCUAGGUGCAGCUCUUCUUAUUGUCGUAAUAUUCUGCAUAAGUGGUGUCUUGUCUUGCUAUUGUCACUGGGGAAAACCUGGUUCGGCUUCCAGCAAUGCUGAUCUUGAGGCAAACACACCCAACAAAGGUACCUCUACGUACCCAAGUUUGAAGAUAGACCAGAGGGAAAGUUUACCAGUGCUAAUGCCAGGGGAUAACAUACCGAGGUUCAUUGCAAUGCCAUGUCCAUGUCAACCACCGCACGCAUUAAAAACAGACGCAAUACAUAUCGUGGAAAUAGACGUGAAGCUGUCGGUUGCUCCAACAGUCAUGUGAAUAGUCAUAUGAUUAACUAGAU